AUGGAGAGUACUCAGAAAUCUAACUAUGAAAUAGGAGAUUAUCCAUUUGCACCUACGUGCCAAUUAUCUUCAUGUGACAUUUGCAGGGGUAAUGCUCGGGAUGGGUAUGUUUCAAUUGAUUUUCCAUAUGGGUUUCCCAUGCAAGAUAGCAAUUUUGAUUCUAAUCCUUAUAUCGAAUGGUACUAUCCUGAUAUUCUAUUUGAAACUCUGCCCCCAGAACCAAUACCAAUAAGCACACUACAAGACUAUGGAUUUUGUGAUGUUAAAAAUGUACUUUCGGUGUGGAACAGCGAAAUUGAUGCUGGGAUUUUUCCAGAUAAGCCUGUGUUUUUAACAUGCAGUGAUGGAGAGAGUGUAAAGGAAAUUAAGGAAGAUUUGCAUUGCAUAGAAGAUCAUCAUAAAGUCAGCAAUACCAGAAUGCUAUCAUGGAAGACAGUAUCUAAGUACUUUUACAUGCCAAUUUCAGAAGCAGCAAAAGAGCUUAACGUAGGGCUGACCCAUUUGAAGAAAAGGUGCAGAGAGUUAGGGAUUCAGAGGUGGCCCCAUCGGAAGCUAAUGAGCCUUCAAGCUCUCAUAAAAAACAUACAAGAGCAAGGAGAUUUGGAGGGACAUGAUGAAAGAAUAAGAAGUGCCAUUGAGAUAUUAGAGAAGGAGAAGAAGAUGGUGGAGGAAAUGCCAGAUUUGGAACUUGAAGAAACUACAAAAAGGCUUAGACAAGCUUGCUUUAAGGCCAACUACAAGAGAAGGAAGCUCAUGGUCAUGGGAUUAAUGGAACCUCAAUCUUCUUCUAUUAGUGGAAGUGCAAGAAGUGAAUAA